AUCUAUUUGGGCACUCUAAACCAUGAAUCCAACAUCGGUAAAUGCUGGAUCCUUAAUUCACCAGCAAAUGCAAGGUCCGCCAGCAAGUACAGAUUCCAUCGUCGUUAUUCCUGAACAAGGUCCCUACAUAAUGUCGCAACUAGCGAUAAAUGGUGGAAUUGGUGCUUCAAGAAGCCAGGUUGUCAAUUUGCCUUCGCAAACGGGCAGCAUUAGUAUGUUGCCUUACGGCGAGGGAAACCUGCAGCAUCCUAUUCAAAAUGACCAGCCGAUCCAGACGACGAUAAUGCCCUACGGAUAUAUGGCAGACACGAAUAUAUAUCCGCAGACCGACUUUAGCAUUAGUUUUGGUAAUAUGGAUCAAAUUUCGGAGAACAUGGACUACCAGCAGGUCGGGACGGAGUACUCCUCUGUUUCCACCAAGCAAAACAUAAAUCUCAAACCCCCCAAGCGAACUCUGAGCGCCUACGCGUGCUACAGCCGCAAAGUAUUCAACAGCGUCCGCGAGCGUCUCGGCGCGAACCGCAAGCAAUGCGAGAUCUUCCGCGAGAUCGCCGACAUGUGGCGCAGGCUUCCGGAGUCGGAGAAGGUCCCGUUCAUCGAGGAAGCGAAGGUGGACCGGGAGCGCAAGAAGACCGACGAGCAGAGCUACAACCGCGCGCGCCGCUACGUGGAGAAGGCGCUGGAGUCCAGCGGGGCCUUCGGGCUGGCGGGCGCGCGGGGACUGCGGUCGCUGCAGACGAUCUGCGGGGAGCGGGACACGGCGCAGCUGGCGCGAUUUCUGCUGGAAAUGAACCGACACGAUCUGAAAGGAACCAUCGACCUGGUGCAGGAGACCAUCCAGGUGCUGUCCACGGAGAACGAGUCCCUUCUGUACGCGAAGAACGAGAGCAGCGUGGACGCGAUCGACACAUCGGCGGCCGACAUUUACUCUUGCUCGCCGAGUGCGCACAAGUUCCAGUGCCCGCAUUGCAAAAAACAAUUCAACUGGAAAAGCAAUCUUAAUGUUCAUUUACGCACACACGACAAAUCGCGGCAGCGCGAGUAUAAAUGCACCGUCGUCGGAUGCAAGAAGGCCUUCUACGACAACCAGCACCUCAAGCAGCACAUGCAGACGCACAAUCGAAACAGACAGGUAGUUCCGCGGUUAUCCUUCGAUUCCAGACGUAUUGUUGUUCCUUCGUGGGGUGCAACAAGAAGUACUCCACGCGCGGCGGACUGA